CUCCGUUCCACGCCGCGCGACCAGAACGCGCGGAAUCGAUUGCCGGGGCCGUUGAGCUGCCGACGAUUACCGGUCACUGUUACUGAUCGCCAACACUUUUCGAGAAAAUACCGCGCGGUUGUGUCUUGUGUCUCAAACAAGCCAUGAAUACCAUAGAGAGAGACGGACACCGAGACUCGAGUGGAGUGGCCAUCGGACGAAAGUGACGAAACUUGGAAAAGCCGCACGCGCCACGCGGAUCUCUGGUGUCAUCUGUCGUCGGUCGUGGCAACCUUCACGAGCAGCAGGUUUACCAACAUGUGGCAGUAAUUUUCUCAUCUGCGUAUCUCCCUAGAUUUUGACGUCGAAAAUCUUUACUCUCUUGCUCUUAUUUUAAAAAUUUUCUAAAAUAUUAAUAAAGAAAAGAGAUGGUAUUAAAAUUGGAUUUGUACAAUAAUAUAAUUUUAAUUUUAUCGGCAGUAUCAGAAAAUGAUGGUGCUAUGUAGUUCCAUCUCAAAAGUGGAAGCAAUUGCGGCGCUAGUGUACGGAAGAGGUUAAAACUUUGCCAAUUCUUUUACGGGUGUCGAUCAAGGCACGCUUUAUUCUUUGUUACUGUUUUGUUUUCCAACGAUACCAAUCAUGCAGUGUUUUGCAAGCAUCGAUAUCAGAACAAUUCAUCUCUUACACAUACGUGCAUAUGAUUAAGAUAAGCUUAGAUAAUGCACAGAUUUGAUAAAUGUAAUAAUAGAUUAAAAUCAUGGAUAUUAAGAAAAAGAAACAAGUGAAACAACAUAUGUAUAUAUUUAUAUCAAAGAGGAUAACAGUAUACGUAUAUGUCACAAUGCACCGAAUAAACGAGGGCCGGGGAUGGAGGAGGCGCGGCUGGAGUAGAUACCCCAAGCAGGCCGGCAGGCAGCUAUCGAGGCAAUUAACUCCUUAUUUCUUCAUUACGCAACAACCUGUUUUGGCCGCCUACUGGAAAGAAUCAAUCCGGAUCGGCUUCGCUCGACCAGCACGAAGCGAAGAGGCCGGGUCUGACACGCAGCAAAUCAUCCCGCUCAGUAUUAACUCGACCUGCGGACCGCCAGCAUACCACACGUCGAUUCUUCGCAUACCUUCUCGAGGACCCUCCCGAGGAAGACACUAGACAAACGAUGA